AUGCCGCAUCUGUACUCGCCCGACGCAGUACGAAGCUUCUGGAAGGUACGCGCCACUACCCGUUUGGUCCUGCAAGUACGCGGUCGUAUUCGAGAGGACGCGUCACCCGAUGCUGACGAAGCUAGCCUUCACGUCGAGUAUAAGAGCUCGCAUGGCUCAAUCAUAUCACCAUCCCCUUCUAUCUUCGUAGCAAACACUUGUCUGCAUAUCUCGCCAUAUCUCAGCAUGCUCGUCCUGACUCCAGUGUCCUCCCUCCCCUCGAACACGUACUCUACGCGUCCAUAUCCCAGCUCUUCCUAUGGUCGCGACUACUAUAACGCCAUUGCAAGCAGAGCCGCUUUUGACUCUGCCGUUGCUUAUGCCAGGGCCGAAGCCACGCGAACGCGCAUAUUGCAGGCACAGCAUCAGCAACGCUUGAAUGAUUUCUACUAUCAGGUAGCGGCUGAAGCGCUUCUUCAGCAAGCUCCAGCUCUGGGAUACCCGUCCACGUCCUUCGCGACAUCUUCCUGGCCCGAUACAUACUCUCAAGCGGAUGAAUACGCCUCGCUCAUUGAGCAAGGACGCCGCAUUGCUAUCGCCCGAGAGAGAGAGCGAGCUCUUGCUGCUGCAAGUGCUCACCGAGCAGAGCAAGAGAAGGUCCUAGCCGCUCUCUUUUCUGGUGCAAACCAUCAGCCUGGAUCCAAGACCGGACCUUCGUCGGUGAGUGUCCGACGAUCUCCCGUUUCAUCCACCUUGUUGACAACUGUCUUCAAUCUGUCGGAAUUACAGGGGCCUCGAAGUCUGCGCUCGGAAGUCCCCGGGACAUCACAACCGCCUAUGCUCAGCUUGUUCCCCAAGUAUUCGCAAGACAGACUUCGCCGUCGCGAGUCUAAGCCGGAUGUUCGAGCCAAUGAUAUCCUGUCAUCUCUCGCUUCCCAGCAUCAGACAUCGUUGCCCAUCCCCAAAGUCAACCACCUGGACAAGGGAAAAGCUAGGGAAACGCCGGCAAUUCCUCUCCCAUCGAGGUCAAUUUCCCAAAACGUUGCUACCGGCGUACCCGUUGACUCACUCCCAAAGACAACUGCUCCCACGACAUCUGCUGCUACGGAGACCCUUGAUAUCGCGUCCGUGGCGAACUUGCUGCUACAGCGUUUGCAGACCGAGAAGGAUCCCGAGGUCGAGUCAUCUUUGAAUAGUCUUUUCUCGAAGCUCUCGGGUAAAGCUCGCGAUGCGUCUGUCAAAAGUGAAACAACGUCUACCGCUGCUCACGACGAGGGAGAAAUCGCUUCUGCCGCUGUGCCCCAGUCGUCUGAAGAGGUGAGUCGAAAGAAUGGCAAAUGUGUUGAGUCCGGCAAAAACUUAUAUGCACCGUCGUCUCAGGCUAUGGAUUCCAAUUUGGAUGGUGCCAAGCUCGAUCGCACCCCUGUGAUUUCUUCCGCUGCUGCAGAGAAAAUACUGGCCUUUUAUCGGUCUCGUCGUGCUCGCCGAGAGUCUCUUGGCGCAAUCAAAGAAAUCGAGGACACUCUUCGUGCUCUUGAGGCAUCCUUUGUCCUUCCUGACCACCUUGAUUUCUCACCAUCUCCGUCCGACUUACACAAGAAGCUUGGCGCAGAAAACGGGCUGACGUAUACUCCGAACAAUACGGUGGUACAUUCGUAUGAACACUCGUUGAACAAGCUUCUGGAAAGGCUCGAUUCUAUCGACAGCCGCGGCGACUUCGAGGUGCGCGGCCGAAGGAGGGAAGUCGUGAAGGAGGUGGAACGCGCUUUGCGGGAGGUCGAAAGUAGAGUUGAGAGGAGCCGCGAGAGGAGCCGCGAGAGAGAUAGCAUGAAGGAUGUCCAGUGCCAGCCCCCAGCAGGACAAUCUGUUCAGCCUUCCGGCCGCGAGGAGGAAGCAGAACAUAUCGAGGAUAACACGUUUGCAAAGAUCCAGGCCCCUGUCCAGGAUCUUCUGGUGACCUUUGAUUCAACCGACAGCGCUCCGGAAGAAGCUGAUAGUGACCACUUUGUUGACACUGCUGCGACAGUAUCUGAGUACGGCCCAUCGCACGACGUGUCGCAGGAAGACGUUCCAAUACUAGCCCUUUCUAGUACCGUUCUUUCUCCGCUUUCUCCAAGCCAUCAAGUCCCUAACUCCACUGAGUCGGUCACACCCUUGGAAUUAACAUCCACAGUCAUCCAUGACGCACAUGGGCAGGACGGCGAACUCGCACCACUUGUUGACAGCUGCAUCCUUGGUCUUGUGGGAAACGAAUUCUGUGGCCAGGACACUAUCACAUCACCCCAUGUGGACGUGCGCGCAUUGUCCGAUGCAUCAAGCCCUGUGGUAUUUAAUUUAUCGGAUCUUGACAUGACAACAGUUGCUUCGCCAGAACCCAGUGCCGAGCCCAGGGACAAUAGCUCUUCGGCUCAAAAUGUCGAAAUGGAGUCUCCUUUGCUAGCACUUCAAGCUCAGAACGCUUCCGAUGCGGACUCCCAUGAGGUGCACAUUGUGGAUAUUCCUCCUGCAGCCAAGGCUUCCUACGACCACGACAGCUUUCUGCUAUCGACAUCUCCUGUAGAAACUUCUGGCCGCCUUCCAGCGCCUUCGCCGCAAGCAGACGAUAUUGAGAUCAUUAGCCAAGACGACAGUGCGGUCUCAGACGCUUCGGAGUGGUCGGAAGUGGAGGCAUAA